UUGCCAGACGUGCGUAAGGAUGACAUGUCUGCCCGCCGCGUGUCCUGCAAAGAGCCUCGCGCAGCUCUACCCUUUAAUCAGUAUCUGCCAAACAAGAGCAACCAGACCAACUACCUUCCUGCGCCCCUGAGGAAGAGGAGGAGCGACAGAGAGGAAGACAGGAGGAGUCCGAGCAGCUCAACAUCUCCUGUAGGAGGAGAAAGACCUCUCAGACAAGAAUGCUUAGAAGUGUUAAAAGAGGGGGCUGUCGUGUCUCGAAGCCUUGCGUUCCAGAAAAAUUCCACCUGGGUGAAUGAGAAAGGGGCGGAGCUUGAGGAGGCGGAGCUUAAGAAAAUUAGAAAGCUGGAAAAGGCGGGAAUAAAAGUAUUACCUUCCUCUGUGCGAUAUAUCAGUCCAAUUGUGAACCAUGUGGAGGACAGUGAAGCUAAACCACCUUCACCUGACAUCAUUCUCCGUCGUGACAAUGAGUUCAUGCGUGCCACUGCUCCACAACAGUGGGAUUCGAAUGAGGAAGAUGAUGACGAAGAGGCAGAACGGAAGGUUCCAGAUGUCCAAAAGGAUGAUCUUGCUUCUCGCAGAGCACGAAUGAAUCAGUUUAAACCCAGCGUGGCACGUCACUUCCUGCCAGGCACUUGUAGCUGGAAGGACCAAGAAAAAUGGGAGGGAAUCAGACUGGCAUCCCAGCAUGCCGUGUUGGAGAGGAUGGAGAAGAUAGAACAGGAGAAAAGAAGUCAGGCUGACUCCGCCUCCCCUGAGGUGCCAAUCAUAAUUCGUAAGGACAAUCCUUUCUUGAAUCCUGAAAAAGACAGGGGAAAAGAGGGGAAUGAGGAAGAUGAGAGAGAGGAAGAGGGGAAGAUAGUUGUUCCAAACCCACUCAAAGAUGAUCUAGCCAGGAGGCGGACUGGGAGAGGGCUACACCCUCCCAAAGAUCCUCAUCAGUCAUUGGUCCAGACUUCCAUCACUCAGUCAGACCUGGAGACAUGGCAGAGGCUCAAGAUGAAUACAGAUAGCAGUGAGUCUGGCUCCACUCCUGCUGAAGUGUCAAUCAUAACUCGCAAGGACAACCCCUUCCUGACCCCUGAGAAAGACAGUGAGAGUGAGCAGGAGAAGGAGGAGGGAACAGACAGAGAGAAAGGGGCGAGGGUGGUGAUGCCUAAUGUAAAGACAGAUGACCUGGCCAGAAGGCGGGGUCAAAGUGGGCCUGUCCCACAGAGAGACCCCCGGCAGUCAUUGGCUCAAACAACCAUCACUCAGUCAGACCUGGAGAAAUGGCAAAGGCUCAAGAUGAAUACAGAGAGCAGUGGAGAUGCAAACCCUGAGCCGCUUCCCAUCAUGCCCCCUGAACCUCCGAACCCUGUUCUGUUUGACCUUAAAAUGCCUUUGACCUCCACCGAGCGCAGAGUGCUGGAGGAGGAACUGGCUGAGAAAGCAAAGGAUGAGAGGGAGGAUGAUGAAGAGGAUGAAGAAGAAGAGAGGCAACCAGAUAUAGAAAAGGAUGACAUGCUAGCUCGUAGAACAGGAGCAUUUCAGAAGCCAGCAAGCGGGACUUCAUAUAACAGAUUCCUCCCGCAGUCGGGUUCCAAGAGAGAGGGUGCUACAGCAGCUUCCUUAGCCCAGAAAGGAACGAGUGGAGAAAGAGAUCUCCAAUACCUUGAAAGAAGCAUAAAGACAAAGAGAACCAAGAUUGGACAUAGAAAUGAACCAGUCAGCCAAGUAACAAAGACACCUGUUCCAGUUGCUGUAGUCAUAGAAAAGAACCCCGACAUUGUACGUUCUUCUGCAACUAACGCCAAUCGCUCUGGCAGUUACGAUGAAUGUGGGGAUGACGAUCAACUGCCAGAUUUUGAGAAGGAUGACAUGAUUGCACGAAGGACCGGAUCUUACCAAAAGCCAAGUGCAGGACAGGCUUUUAAUGCUUUUCUGCCCAAACCUGUUGCUGUCAAACAUAAAAUCACUCCUGUCAGUGGAUCGCGGUCAUACCUCAAGCCAAGAGAGCAAGAGACAGCCCCGUCUCUGGACAGCUUCACCCUUAGCUCUGUGGCCCCGCCCCCAAGAAAUGCUGAGGACACGCCUAGGAAGUGCCCUCAGAUGAUGGACAGGCAGGAGGCGGACUCUGUGGGUGUGGUGGGACAUGAAAGUCUUAUUAAAGAUGAGACUGUUACCAAAAGCCCCUCCCCCAGACCCCACCAACCCCCACGUCAGCCCCUUUGGCAGGAAGAUGAUGAUCUCCCCCCAAUAUUCAGAGCUACUAGUGUUUCUGACACAGAGAGUAUGAGUUUGAUUGACAUGCGGGAUGAAGAGGAUGAGAUGGCCUACCUUCGGCCACACAGCCAAUCACGACAUGAGGAGGACCAGUGGCAGGACGACUUGGCUCGCUGGAAGAAUCGAAGGCGAAGUGCAUCUCAAGAUUUGAUCAAAAAGGAAGAAGAGCGGAAGAUGAUGGAGAAGUUAAUGACAGCGGAUGGAGGAUCUGGCCAUCGCAGGAAGAGCAUCAAGACAUACAAAGAAAUCAUAGAGGAGAAAGAGCGUAGGGAACAGGAGCUACAUGAACAAUACUGUAAGGCCUCCACCCCAGAAGAGAAAGCAGCUGUGCUUCAACGCUAUGCUCUCCGUUUCACCAUCAGCGAUGCCAUAUUGGAGAAACUCCAGCUCCCCAAACUGCCUUCUGCUGCUCCACCAAUGCACACGUCACCUCUUCAUCAACCCGAGAAGAAGCUGACAUGCACCACCUUAGUAGAAGCAGAGGUCCCAGAGCCUGAACAAACUACCCAAACACACCACAGUGUCUAUAUAGACCAGAAGACUACACAAAAACAGGCACCGGCACAGGCCAAAACCCCUGAACCAUCACCUUCUGAGACCACCAAAGCUCCAGAAGUCCUGUCAGCACUCACACGAGUUCCUCCGGCUCCAUCGAAGCCUGUACCCCUGAUCACCCCAAAACCCUACAGCCAGCCCAAAUUCAGCCAAGGCUUCCGCAAAUCAGUCAAGAGUGAUGGGCUGAUACGUGUGAACUGUGACAGCACUCAGCAGGAGAGCAGAGAGAGGGCUGAUAGAGAUUCUAUGUUGUGUCCUCAAAUCAACUUCUCUUCCUCACCUCCAAAGCCAGAUACUCAAAGUCAACAAAAUGAGGAGCUCAUUGUUUUAGAAGCCUCAGAACACCAGCAAAACUUACAGACUUCCAUUUCUGACAAGAAGAAUGAAGUCAUAAAGGAGGAAAAAAAGUGUUCUCUUAGUCCUCAGGAAGAGAAUAGCAAAGAAGACACCUCAACUACACUGUCGGUGUCAGAACCAGAAGGAAAGCAGCCAGUGCCUGACACGAUGAUGAAGCGCAGCUGUGUUGUCACAACAACCAUAGUGACAGAACUCACUCAGACACACCCCGUCCCACCAACUGAUGCAUCCAGCACCGAGCAGCUCGAUUCAGUCCAUAGCUCAUGUGAUGUGAGUUCAACUGCCGAGUCAAGCAAGACCGAGCAGACUUCAUACUCGCUCUCAAUGACAGAGGGGAUUGACUACUCCAUUGAUUGUGAGAAAUAUCAGCGAGAGCAAGGGAAGCUGAAGGAGGAGUGGGAGAGAGCACAGAGAGAAGUGGAAGAGGAUGAGAGGAGACACCAUGAAGAGGAAAGGCGGAUACUGGAGGAAACCGUGACCCCACUGACCCCUCGCACCUCAGGUUUAUCAUCCUGUAUGGUGACAGAGGCUCCGUCCCUCACCCAGCCCUCAGCCCCACAUGACACCAUUGUCCUCUCCUUGGCUGACUGGGAAAAGAAACAGGAAAUGUUGGAGAAACAGGCACAGACAAACCAGAGUAGUAGACUUACACACAGCCCUGAUCAAGUAAUCACACCAGCUCAGCAGAAUGGUCAGAGAACUGAACCUCAGGAGAGCCAAACAGCUACACCACAACUGCAGUUUAUACAGGAUGGCUCUUGGAGCUGUAAGUCUAAAGACAGACAAGAAGAUUUGAAGAAAACUGCCUCACUGGAUCGUAAACCGAGUCCACCUCAGAGCCAGACCACAAAGAUGAGGAGGACUGGGUCGUGUGAAAAUGUUUUAGGGACACACCCAUCAAAAUCACCCACACCAUCACAAGACACGCCACCUCCAUCACCCAGCAGGUCAGUAAGUGGAAAGAAGCUUUGCUCCAGUUGUGCACAUCCGUUGGGUAAAGGAGCAGCUAUGAUCAUUGAAAGCUUGGGGUUGUACUUCCAUAUUCAGUGUUUUAAGUGUGGAAUAUGUAAAGGGUUACUUGGAGACACAAGUGCUGGAACUGACGUCAGAAUUCGAAAUGGACUUCUUAAUUGUCAAGAAUGCUACAUAAAAUCAAGAGCUGCUGGCCAGCCAACAACAUUGUGAUGCCUCUGCACUUCUGACAAAGAAAUGGAAGUGAAAUCAGGUUAAACCGACCCAGGACCAUACCCAAGAAGAACGGAUUUUACGUUUAUACAACGUUUUCCUUACAGCACAAUCAAGCAUAGCCAUUAAAGUCAAAACUGGAAUCAUGGACACAUGAUGGGUUUUCCUCUGGACUUUCUUUGACUGUCAUUGUGCUCGCUAAAAAACGACUUUAUCGCUUACAUGAUAAAAAGUCCAUAAGAUAUUACUGCGAAUACAGAGACUACAGCGAGUCUGUUCAUACUGUUAGUUUAACACUUUAGAAUGAGAAGUAACGGUAGCACUUUACCUCACAGUGGCCAUGUUACACACAUCUCAAUAGCAAUAAGGCCAGAAACAUACUUUACACAAAUGCAGAUUAAUGUGUCAAUAUCAAACCUCAGUUCUAAAGGCUGAGAUUGAGAUCAGUCAAAUGUCUGUACCAUUAACCCCAAUAAUAUCUAGGUAGCUGUUAACACUCUCACAACACUUGUCAGUGGGGCAGUACCUUUUCAAAAUGUACUAAUGCAUACCUAAUAUGUACCUUAAAGGUGCUAAUUAUUUUUUGAGAGUGUAUAAAACGAUAUAAAAAUUUAAAAUCAAGAUUCUCUUAAAACGGUUGCCUCAUGACAGUAGUUUGCCUAAGAGAGAAAACUGAUUUGUAGAAGCCAAAGGGUCAAGGCUAACUACAACAUUCUGAGAGCAAAAAGCAUAUUUUGCCAUCGACGGCCAUUCAAAAAUAGCAUUGUAUUCUGACUAAAUAAGCAACUCAAGGCUGUAAACAUGUCUUAAACAUUGGGGGGACCAUUUUUUGAAGGGGGUUUGUAAUGGUCUUUUUAUCUAAAGGAAUUAAAUAAUUAAAGAAUUCUUUAAAAACAUGAAAGGAAUAAGAAUAUUUUUUGUAAAAAAAGAAGAAAUAAGAAUAGCGUAAUAAGAAAAAUACUUUUUUUGUAAAGUUAUCUAUUUGAACUGUUUGCUGCAGAGCCCUACGGUUUGCACAAUUUACUAAUUCGUUCCCUCGAUGUACUAAAACGUGCACACG